UUCGUGAAAUGUAUAUUCGAAAUUUCAAAAAGCUUAAAGGGUUUGCCACAUAUCUAGUUAGCCUUAGUGGUCUUAAAUCAUUGAUAAUUUGUCAAUGCCCUAAGCUCGAGGCUUUUCCGGAGCAAGUACUGGAAGGCCUAAACUCUCUUCAGCAUUUGACUUUAGAAAGGUGCAUAAAGUUCUCAAAUUUGUCAGAGGGGUUACGACAUCUCUCUGCCCUUGAAAGCUUGACACUUAAUGGCUGCCCAGAGCUGGUGACUUUUCCGAAUGGUAUCAAAUACCUUAGUUCCCUCCGGGUGUUGACCAUAUGUGGCAAAGCCGCAACAUUUUUUGGUGACAGAAAAAUCAACGUGAUUUUUAGCUUGUGUUUGGUUGUAGUUGUUGGAGAAGACAGUAACUGUGACGACAGUAACUAUGACGACAGUAAUUGUCCAAAGUUGAGAGUCUUGCCUGAGUCCUUAAGGUAUGUCCCAGCACUGCAAACAUUGAGCAUAUGUCGGUACCCUGAACUAGCAUCAUUGCCUCACUGGCUGGGAAACCUAACAUCUCUUCAGUCUUUGCAUAUUCAUGAAUGCCCAAAGUUGUCAUCUCUUCCAGCCAGCAUGCAGAGCCUCACUAAUCUACAAAAUUUGUUCAUUUCCGAAUGCCCUGAACUAGUGAAGCGAUGUGAGAAGGAAACAGGAGAAGAUUGGUACAAGAUAGCACAUGUUCCGGACGUUAUUGUGGAGAAAACUAAAUAAUUACUAGUUGCAUCAAGUUGGGAGGUAUCAUGAGCUAGUGAUACUGUAGAAAUGGCGUGAAGGUAUGAAG